CUCCUCUCUGUCAUCGGAAUUUCUUUACAAGCACAACAAACAGCGAAAGCAAAUUCCAAAGUGUCUACAACAAGAAAGAACUUGUUAUUUCUUCCAGAAACUCGCGCAAUUUUGGUGCCUGGUAAUGAUAUAUAGUGUUAAAAUGUUCUCAUAAUUUAGUUAGCUUACAUUUGCGACGAGAAGUGGUUUCCCGAUGGAAUAGUCCGUGGGCGGGAAAGUCGAAAAUCAUGGCUGUGGAAACCUUGGUGAAGUCAAACAUGGACGAAUCGUUAAAUAUCGGAGAUGACGAUGUGCGUGAAUUUGAGCGGAGUGAUGUGCAUGAGAGCCAGGGAGAAGAAGAUGAAAUAGAGAGCUUACAGAAUAUUCGCCUGCAAGCGUCUAGCGAACUUUCUGAUGGCGAAAGGAUGAUGUUGUAUGAAAAGGCUAUCAGAUUUAAGAGGAAAGGUAGCUCUAGACACGCCUUGUACUGUUUUCUCGGCUGUCUACAAGGACUCAAGGGGGGAGCUUCCUUCACUGUCCUGCCUCAGUGUCUUCAUUAUAUUGCUGAGCUCUACAGUGAAGAGGAAGACUAUGGCCCAGCAAUUCAGUUUGCACAGGCAGAAAAGCUGUACUAUGAGACUGCACUGAUCACAGCUGGGACAUCAGACCUGUUGAACCAAGAGAAAGAGGCCAGCCCUUCUGGAGACCUGACAUCCACUGUAAAGCAACAAGAUGACGGCAAAGAUGAAUCUGCAUCUGCUUCCCAUCCAGAGACUGAGAAAGCUGAUGAAUUUGAGAAUCUGGCGCACAUGUGCUUAAAACAGAAAAACACACAGCUAGCACUGGAGUACUGUGCAAAGGCUGUGAAGUUGAGGCAGGCUCAUCUAGGUGAGCGGCACCCUGCAACACUGCGUACUCUGGACCUGUUUACUGUCAUCUAUGCUGAGAUGGGCAAGGCACAAUAUUCAGCUGCCCUGGAUAAGCUAUCUGCAAUUCAAAAAAAGGAUUCAGAAAACCACCAAACCACCAAUGAAGAGGAACCCUCCAAUGGUGAAACAGAAACAAAGGUAAAUGAAAAUAAAUCUACAGAGCAACAACAAGCAGAGAAAGGGGAAAGGACAGCAGACCAAGAUGAACAGAGCAAUCCAUUGCCAGAACAGCAAACAGAUGAUGCAGCAUCGGAUGCCAUCCAUGUCACCCUGACCACCAGCGUUGCCUUAUCUCUCUACUUUAUUAUCACCAUAAUGAUGGGUGUUGGACUUACUGCAGUCAUCUGUUACUACACCCAGGCCGAUCCACAUACUGCCUACUCCUAUGUGAUAACGAGGCUGCGCUUCUAUUACUACUACUAUUUCAGGAGGGCGCCGCAUGGCGAUCAUUACUUCUAGGGUUGCAGUGUUUUAUGGUUUGCAUUUGCAUUAAACAGAAAAUUUGAUGAGGGUAGGUUUAAAUUAAUUUGUGGACACAAAUGUAUAUGCACGCAUAUCUUUUAGAGCUUUUUAAAUAGUAAUUUUUUUAGUUGUAGUAGAGUAGUCCCGUCUAGUCCCUUUUUUUGCAAGUUUUAUUAGCAUUACUGGGUAUUUUUAUAAAAAUUGUACAGCCUUGAGCUUUCAGGUGCGUGCGGAAGGUGCGAGUGCACCCGCCUUGGUGGACAAAAGUGGGUAAAAACUAUGCUUUUUCAAUAUAAUAUCUAUGACUGCACACUCCCCUUCAGCCAAUCCUGAAAACGCGCCUGGCUUUUCAGAAGUCAUUUUAUUUAUGUAUGUAUGUAGAUAGCUCAAUAAUCUUACUCUAAACAUUUGUACAAAGCAACAAUAAACAGUAAUGAUUUAACAAA